UAUCCAAGUACUUACCAAACAGUUGCAAAUACCGUUAUACGUAGGGUUUUGCAGACUUAACCGACGUGUCAACGUUGUCAACAGCCAAGUUUUAUAAGUAUCAAACAUUACCUCGUUGUUGCCCCGUUUUGUACGAACAACGAGCUUUAAACUAGACUCCAUGUCAUCUCUUGCUCAAAAAAUUCUAGUUGUUGGUGGCAAUGGUUUCGUUGGCUCCGCGGUUUGUAAAAUGGCUCUUGGCCGAGGCAUGGAGGUUACCAGCAUAAGCUCUUCCGGAAAACCUUACAAAACCCCACAAGGCCAUACCCCUGCAUGGGUGGAAAGGGUAGAAUGGCGGAAAGCCGACGCCUUGAAUCCAGAGUCAUAUGCGGACAUCCUCCCCGGUGUUGACGCCGUUGUCCACACUGUUGGUACGCUUCUGGACAAUACGCAGUACAAGCAGAAGAUACAAGAAGGUGAUAUAAUGGGCUUUAUCAAAUUCUUUGCGGGCCAGGGCAGCGGUCCGUCAGCAGAAGGUCAGCGGAGCGCUUACGAUAUCCUUAAUUAUGAAUCAGCCGUGCGCGUGUGUGAAGCAUUCGUCGCGAGCGAGCCCGUAUCCGGACUUACACGUGUUCGUCCCUUCGUCUACGUCUCCGCGGAGGACUUCAGCCGACCUGUCGUCCCUGUGCGCUAUCUCGAAACGAAACGAGAGGCUGAGAAGCAAAUUGAAGAAAUUGUCCGAGAUCACCCUCAAUACAAGGGGGUGUAUAUCCGCCCCAGUUUAAUAUACCAUCCGCAUAUCCGACCAAUGACCGUUAUUCCAGCUACAAUAUUCGAUGUAUCGGCACGGAUCCAUACCGCAGUGCCAUCGUAUAUCCCGAUGCCUGCUUCGGUUCUUCGGUGGUUAGCCACAUCGGUAUUCCCCAAUGCCACCGAAAAAACGCCUUCCGCCCUGAAUUCCAUGGCAAACUUGCUCUCGAUUCCGCCAAUCAAUGUCGAUCACUUAGGCGAGGCCAUUUGUAUUUCCUUGGAUCCAGCUAGGGACAUACGUGGUGUCGUCGGUGUACGCGAUAUGCGCCAGCUGAUCGGUUUAUCCCAGACAGGACCAGUGGACUCGGCAGCAAACACCUAAAAUAUUACCUCGAUGUAUAUAUACCUUGCGAAUCCCCUUGAUGUCAUACCGUACAUUAUUUUGUUUCCUUGUAGUGAAUUCUUUGUCGAUCGAUUACUACACACUAGUUUCAUGAAGAGAACUUGGAGAGAUUGAGGAAGUUGGCUUCAUGCAAAUUGAUAGCACUUUGAGUGUUUUAGUUGGUAUAAAAAUAUUAAUGACUCGGAC